CAAUGUCUCGCUUCUUCCAUGCUAAGGAGGACUCUGAUUCCGACACUUCGUCCAGCGAGGAUGAGGUAGAGGAUCAAAAAGUGAACAAAAGCGCGAAAUUUCGCGAUGAUCUCGAUUUCAUGGCCGGUCCUGAAGAAGAUGAGAAGCGUGUUGUUCGUGCCCAAAAGGACAAAAAAUUCGAUGAGCUGAAAGGAAUUAUCAAGCAAAAUCGAGAUGCAAAGAGCAACAAAGAUCUGAACAGACUUCUAACAGGUUUUGAUUCUCUGGCCAAAGCUUAUGAUAAGUCCAAGACGGUCUUUCAACGUCAGAAUGUCGCAAAUCCAAGAUUUUACAUAAGGUCUCUUGUGGAAAUCGAAGACUACGUAAAUAAAUUAUGGGAUGAUAAAGAUGCUAAAUCUGCUCUUUCGAAGAACAACGCAAAAGCUCUUCCACCUCUUCGUCAAAAACUGAAAAAAUACAUCAAGGAUCAACAACUGCAAGAUCUUGUUACCGAUUAUCGCGUUAAUCCUGACGAGGAUGGAUAUGAAACUCCAGAAGAUGAAGACGACGAUGAUUUUGGAGAGGUUUCUGAAUCGAAGGCUGAAAAGUCACCUGGAAAACCAUCUGAGAAAGCUGCAGUGAGCGAUAGUGACAGUGACAGCGACGAUGACGACUCCUCUAACUGGUCUUCUGAACCAGAAUCCAAUUCUUCUGAUGACGAAGACAGUGUGACUAAGAUGGAGCAACUUCGUAGGUAUUUCUUGAAAAAAGAAUUCCGCGUGGAGAGCAAAGAUGACAAGAAAGAAAAGAAGAAGAGAGUUAUCAGAGUCAAAGAAGCUGUCGAGGAAGACGAUGAUGCGGAUUGGACUCCAGUUAAUCGUGAGAAGUCUGUUGUUCACUUUGAUCCCAAGGAAGAAGUUACUCAUGACGUUAUGAUUAAGAAACUCAAUGAGGUUAUGUCGGCUCGUGGAAAACGAACGACAGAUCGUAAUCAACAUGUUGCUAAUCUUCGAAAACUUUUGGAGGUAUCGGAAGAGAAAGAACUUGGUCUAGGAAUCAACGUUAAAAUCAGUUUCUGCAUAAUCUCGGCUCUUUUCGAAUUGAACGCUAAAAUUAGUGAUCACAUGGAGUACGAAACAUUCAUGACCACUCUGCAAACCGUCAACAGCUUGCUCGAUCUUCUCAUCGGAACUGAUCGUGUAAAGUUAUCUGUGACAUAUGCUGAAGAAGAUGAAAAUCUGAAGGAUGACACUCAAGAGUAUCGCAUUCAAGGAAGUAUUCUGAUUGCUGUGCAAAGAUUGGACGGAGAGUUGGCUAAAAUUCUUCAAAACGCCGAUUGUCAUUCCAAUGAUUAUAUCGAGAAGUUGAAGGCCGAGAAGGAUAUGUGCUCACUCAUUGAAAAGGCCGAGAAGUACGUUGAACUUCGUAACGAUUCUGGCAUUUUCGAUAAACACGAAGUUUGCAAAGUGUACAUGAUGCGCAUCGAGCAUGCCUACUACAAAUAUCAAGAUCAAAAUGAGGAGGAUGCUGGAAAGUUGAUGGAUUACUUGUGUAAUAAGAUCUAUACACUUGAUGAUGAGAAACGAUUGAGACAACGUGCUAUGCUCUGCCAUGUUUACUAUCUGGCUGUUCAUGACAAGUGGCACCGCGCCAGAGAUCUUCUUCUUAUGAGUCACAUGCAAGCUAUCGUUGAUCAUUCUGAUGUCGACACUCAAAUCCUCUACAACAGAACUAUCUGCCAACUCGGUCUCUGCGCUUUCCGACACGGUUUCAUUCGCGAAGCUCAUCAAGGACUAUCUGAAAUUCAAAAUACCCAACGUGCCAAGGAGUUGCUUGCUCAAGCUGUUGGAACUCGUCAGCACGAAAAGACUGCUGAACAAGAGAAGAUUGAUCGUUCCCGUCAAGUUCCAUAUCAUAUGCACAUCAAUGUUGAACUUAUGGAGUGUGUCUAUCUGAUCUGUUCGAUGCUUCUCGAAAUUCCACACAUGGCUAGUUGCGAAUUCGAAAUGCGUCGUCGUAUGCUCAGCAGAAGUUUCCAUUACCAAUUGAAGCAAAGCGAGAAAGCUUCUCUCACUGGACCACCAGAGAAUACCCGUGAACAUGUUGUCGCCGCAUCGAAAGCAAUGUUGAAUGGAGAUUGGAAAAAGUGUCAAGACUAUAUCGUCAAUGACAAGAUGAACCAGAAGGUCUGGAAUCUUUUCCAUAACGCUGAGACUGUUAAGGGAAUGGUUGUGAGACGUAUUCAAGAGGAAUCUCUCAGAACUUAUUUGCUCACAUACUCUACAGUUUAUGCCACUGUUUCGCUCAAGAAGCUUGCGGAUUUGUUCGAACUUUCAAAGAAAGAUGUUCAUAGCAUCAUCAGUAAAAUGAUCAUCCAAGAGGAACUUUCGGCUACACUUGACGAGCCCACCGACUGUCUCAUCAUGCACCGUGUUGAACCUUCCAGACUUCAAAUGCUUGCUCUCAACUUGUCUGACAAACUUCAAACUCUUGCCGAAAACAAUGAACAAAUUCUGGAGCCGCGCACUGGACGUGGUGGUUAUCAAGGUCCAGGAUCGUGGUUUCCAGGAAGGAACGAGCGGCAAGGAGAUAAGCAGAAAGGAUCUGGUGGAUACCAAGGAGAACGACGUGGAGGACAAGGACAAGACGGAAAGCGAGGAAAUUGGGGAUCUCAAGGUGGUCAGCAACGUCGUCAUCCUCAAAAGCCACGAGCCUUCUAAAUAUCCAUUUUUCAAUCGUCUCUCCCAUUCGUGGAACCCGCUAAUACGCCUUUCAUGGCGCCUGCAAUUAGUCUCAAAAACUUUUUGCAGGCGCCAAUACUUGUUGAAUCUUUUAUUUAAUUGAUCAGUUUUUUUGGUAAUCCCCCACCCUUUCCCACUUUUCCUUGUUCAGUGUGAGAUCUGAACUUUAAAGCUCUCAUUUUUCGUUUCCGGUUAGUAGUGUUUAAGUUAUACUCUUUCCAUACUGUUUUGUUUUUGCUAAUUAUUUAUAUUGGGUUGCCGGAUAUUAUUUUAAUGAAAUAUUUAAUUUGA